UCUUUGGAAUCAGAAUGACCAUGAAUGCAAUAUUAUUUUACUUUAGCUGGGGGACACACACUAACACUCAAAUUGUUAAGUAUCUAUAUACGUUAGGUAUUCCCCAAAUCAUACGGCAAGUUAUGCAGGAUUUAACACACGCAAAGGGCUCAACUGUCUGCAUUCCCCCCCUUUUUAUUUUAUUCUGUUGCAGAUGCAUAUAUUUAGUUCGUCAGGAGCAGUGAGAAUAAAUCCUGAGUUUAGAAUGCAGGAGACUUUCACGCUUUACUGAGAAUCCGUGAAUUGCACCUACAUUAAUUCCAGCUACCCAAUUUCCAGAAGUAACCAAGAGUUGGACUACGGUGACCAAAGGAUAGAAUGUUGUUCACUAUUCUCACAGAAAUGAUGGUUUUCCCCUUUAAACCUUGAAGUAAUAACUGGGUGGCCGAUAGCCUAGCGGUUAGAGCUUUGGGCCAGUAAUCAAAAGGUCACUGGUUCGAAGAGCCCUAAGAAUGGUCAAGAACUCCGCCCACCCAAGUCAUAGACUGUUCAUUCUGCUACCGUACAACAAGCUCGGGCCUCCUGAGUGGUGCAGCGAUCUAAGGCACAAUAUCUCAGUGCCUGAGGCGUCACUACAGGCACCCUGGUUCGAAUCCGGGCUGUAUCACACCCAGCCGUGAUUGGAGUCCCAUAGGGCAGCACACAAUUGGCCCAGCAUCGUCUGGGUAUGGCUGGUGUAGGUUGUCAUUGUAAAUAAGAAUUUGUUCUUAACCGACUUGCCUAGUUAAAUAAGAAAAAGGGAAAAAAAGCUGCGCCAGGUCGGGAACCAAAAGGCUCCUUAACAGCUUCUACCACCAAACCAUAAGGCAGCUGAGAAACUCAUACAAACACUUUCUCAAACAUCACAUGCUGCUGUUACGUUAUCCUGAUUACCUCGUCUCUUUUACCCCUACCUACAUGUACAAAUUACCUCAACUACCUCGUACCCCUGCACAUUGACCUGGAUGGAGGUGUCAAGGAGGCGGAUCUUACAGAAGCACCUGCAGCCAGCCAGACCACUGCGGCGCUGCAGUACUGACCAGGAUUCCUGCUUUAGAAAUGAGCCAUCUGCGUGUGGACAAGCUGGAGAAAAAACAAUGAACAGUAUUGGAGUGGAACAGUUUUUUGAAAUCCUCCAUCUCCAUACUCAGACACCACAAAAAGACUCCACCCCAACUAAAGUGAGGAUAUCUUACACUAGAGACUUCCUGAUUCAACUGGCCAGUUCCCCCAUUGCCAAAAGAAAACCGGACUUCUUACCAGAACAUCCUGUUGUUUUGGAAAAGGCGAGAGAACCUGGUGUGCCAUGGUUAGAGAAGAGGUUUGAUGAAAACAAUGAAAUGCUUGCCUAGGCUAACAUGGAGCCAGGAAGUCUGGUUGCUGCUGCUGCUUUUCAAACCACACACCACUACAACUUGCUCUGCCAUUGAGUGAUAUACCAACAACAACAACAAAUCCCAGUUGAGCCCAGAACACCACAGGCAUGGGGUGCGUCCCAAAUAGCACCCUAUGUCCUAUUUAGUGCACUACUCUUGACCAGGGUCGAUAGGGUUCAGAUCAUAAACAGCCAUGACCAUGAGAGGUAUAUCUUCUUUUUUUUAGUUCCUUUGACAAAUGUUGGUUCCUUUGGUGGACACAAACCUGAAAAUGUACCGUAGCCUACAUGUUUUAAAUGGUGUGUUUCAGUCUAAAAGAAUAAUGCGUGGUUGAAUGAUGUGCCUUGAUGCUAACAAAUGCCCCUUGCACUGUGUGAUGUUUACAUAUGGCAUAAUACUAAUAACGCCUCAGUGGAGACCAUUGACUCUGAGUAACCUUACAAUGACCUCCAAGACCAACACUACAUUCAUUUAACCCUUUCACUUUUUCAUAUGUUGGAGUAUGGGUGUUUUUAGGUUUGAUAUUGUCACUGAAGAUUGAUUAUUGACUUAUCAACUAGUUGAAUGUUGAUGUAUAGGCCUGCUGCAUAACUUGUCUCUAUUCCCCCAUUGAAAACUGUUGCUUGAAAUGAUUUGGCUUCUAAGCCUGCCUUUGCACACUAUCCUUCUGAGGGUCAGUCCUGUAGUCACAUCAAAUAGUACAUCUCUCCCCCACUUCUCUGAGGGUCAGUCCUGUAGUCACAUCAAAUAGUACAUCUCUCCCCCACUUCUCUGAGGGUCAGUCCUGUAGUCACAUCAAAUAGUACAUCUCUCCCCCACUUCUCUGAGGGUCAGUCCUGUAGUCACAUCAAAUAGUACAUCUCUCCCCCACUUCUCUGAGGGUCAGUCCUCUAGUCACAUCAAAUAAUACAUCUCUCCCCCACUUCUCUGAGGGUCAGUCCUCUAGUCACAUCAAAUAGUACAUCUCUCCCCCACUUCUCUGAGGGUCAGUCCUGUAGUCACAUCAAAUAGUACAUCUCUCCCCCACUUCUCUGAGGGUCAGUCCUCUAGUCACAUCAAAUAAUACAUCUCUCCCCCACUUCUCUGAGGGUCAGUCCUGUAGUCACAUCAAAUAGUACAUCUCUCCCCCACUUCUCUGAGGGUCAGUC